CUUUAUUCAUUAUUUGCCACUGCAAAAGUGGGGAUUCUACAAGUACUAUGCAUUAUUCUCUCUUUGCACUUUAACAGAUUAUUUGCCCUUAUGCCUUUAACUGAAGACGAAAGUUCUAAUAAAAAUGGUUUGUUGCCUAACACCGUAACCGACAAAGCGUCAAAUGUAUUACGGGACAUUCUAAAUCAGGAGAGUUUGGUGCGCUUUUCUAUGGUACAAAAAAUACAAAGUUUAGUGAUGGAUGCUACCGACAGGAAAACUGAUAGUCAAGUUAUAAAUUCGAAACUUAGCGAAGUGACAAAAGACUUACAGAAUUUGGAGAUGAAAUACCAAGUGAUGAAGGAUGAAAAUGUCAAACUUCAAGAGCAAUUAAAAGCGAUACACGGGUCAGUAAAUGACAAUAAAAAUAUGACUUUGGAAAAAAUCAAAACCUUGAAUGAAUCUCAAACUAUCACUUUUAAAAGCAAUCUCAGAAAAAUGAAAGAACUUGAAGAUGAUGAAAGAAAUCAAACUGUUGUCCUAAAAAAUAAUGACCGUGUAUUAACAAAAGAAAUUAAGUUUCUCAAAGAGAAAAUGAAUGAAAUGAACGUGACAAUACAAAGCAGCGUGAACCUUGUCGAGAGGGUGGAAAAGACAGAGGACAUGUUAAAAAGUAUUUUGGUUACUUACAAUGAAACACAGGAGAAUGCUGAGGAUGUGAAUGAAUUGAAAUUGGUAUCGUCAAAAGUGCUUUCAAAGAAUUGCUGGGAAAUUUUACAAAUAUUCCCGGGUACGUUUGAAAAAGAUGGAUUAUACACAGUAUUCAUUGCCUUCGAAGAAAAGCUUGUUUACUGUGAUAUGAGUACAGAUGGAGGAGGGUGGACGGUAAGUAUAGCUUGUUAUAAAGUUAAGAAAAUAAUACACUCUCAAGGAAUUUCCUUUCACUACAAUAUUUUAUUUCUUUGA